AUGGCAUGCCUACGGCAGGAGAGGUCUCGAGUGGAAAACCCGUCGCAGACGAUUGUUAAUGUGGUGGCUGAGAAUCCGGCGUAUUUGCAUUGUAGUGUACCGCCAGAUGCGGAGCAUGAGAUCGCUUGGACCAGGGUCUCCGAUGGUGCCAUACUGACUGCUGGAAACCGAACUUUUACCAGAGACCCUAGAUGGCAAGUGUCCAAGAAGUCUGCGAAUAUUUGGGUGCUCAAUUUGAGACGAGCCGAACAUCAAGACUCCGGAUGUUACUUGUGUGAGAUCAACGAUAAGCACAAUACAGUGUAUGCAGUGUAUCUGAAAGUGCUCGACCCACCACUUCCAUCGCCCGCUUCGUUGCAGAAAAAAUCCACCCGACUCAUGGCGAAUAUGUCUGGAGAUGAAGUCGUGUUGAAUUGCACAGUAACCUCCACUGACAAAACAGAUGACGAUAUCGAUGUGGUGUGGACAAGAGAUGGGACGACGAUUAACUUCAAUAAUACAGAGAAAUACAUCUUGAAAGUGAAACGAGACGCUGGAGUGGUCAUUGAGACUAUGAGAAUCCGGAAGGCGACAAUGGAGGAUGACGGGAACUAUGCAUGUGAGCAUAGCCAGCAGAAAGCGUCGCAGAUUGUGCAUAUUAAUAGUGAGUUGUGGAUUUUGGAUAUUUUUGAAAAAUGUAAAUCGGACUCGGAGAAACUGAAGUAG